AUGAGCUCCAAGGAAGUUUCCGACCGGUUUGAAUAUUUACAAACUCUGGUCACCGAAUUUCAGGACACCGACAGCGAAGGUGGCUGCUUUUUCUCUCCCCCAGAGGCAAAGGAGCAGGUCCUGGCUAACCUGGCCAACUUUGCCUACGACCCCAGGAACGCGGAGCACCUGCGGGAGCUGCAGGUCCCCGACCUCUUCCUGGACAUGUUAACGGAGGAGAACGAGAACCUCGUGGAGUUUGGGAUGGGGGGGCUGUGUAACCUCAGCAUGGACCCUGAAUGCCGGGACGCCAUCGUCCGUAGCGACGGCGUCCGGCUGGUGACCGACUGCCUCUCGUCGCGGCGUGAGGAGACGGUUCUGUCGGCCAUCACCGCCCUCAUGAACCUCAGCAGGCCGCAGGCGGCCGGGCAGGACGUGCUGCACUGCAUGCUGCGCUUCCAGCAGGCCCAGAGCCCCCGCCUGCGCAACCUGGCCUCCGUCUUCCUGCAGGACUGCUGCGGUCAGGAGCGGCUAAAGGCCGAGGGAAAGCACACCGCCGUCGGCAUCCCGCUGCCCACAGACUGA